GUGAGGGUUUGGUUGCAUUUUCUUCUCCUUUCUGCUGCAGAUUUAGGCUUUCAGGUCUCUUAUGUGAAGGCCAUAGACAUCUGGAUGGCUGUGUGUCUUCUCUUCGUCUUCUCUGCACUGUUGGAGUACGCCGCCGUCAACUUUGUGUCACGGCAACACAAAGAGCUGCUGCGCUUCAGACGGCACAACAAGAAUAAGAGCAAGGAAGUACAUGAGAGCAGGCUGACCUCUGCAGCUGCCGUGACCUCCACUCCCAGCAACAGCAAGGACUCGAAGGCCAGCGCCAACAACGCCGUGACUGCGCUGAACACCCCGGGAGCCACAACGAACACUACCCAGAAUGCACCUGGAGUAGGUGGUGGGGGUAAAAGCACGGAAGAAAUGAGGAAGCUAUUCAUCGACCGAGCCAAAAAGAUUGACACUGUGUCGAGGGCCGGCUUCCCUCUGGCCUUCCUCUUCUUCAACAUAUUCUACUGGGUCCUGUACAAGAUACUGCGACAUGAAGACGUGCAUAAGCAGUAGAGACAGAAAGAACACCAGUUAUUCAUAUACUCUGUGCACACACAAGCAUCUGUGUACUUCAUAAGAGGACACUUCAUCAGCUACAUUUGUUUCCUUUUCCCUUAACCUCAGCCCUGCGAGCAGUCAGGAUGACCUCUGUACUUAAAUCUGUGACAGCAUGAAGAAUUAGCGGAGGAUAGAAUAGUCAGAUCUUAAAAUGCCUGAAAACCAUGAACAACGUUAAAAAUAAUCUGAUAAUAAUUCUGAUAAUCUUUGAUAAGAAUUCUGUGACUAGUUUUGUGGCAUUAAAGUUAAAAAUGAGAGGGAGUAUUGAAGAGCGCGUGGCAGACGUGACUAGCACAGAAAGCUCUCGUUUAUGACUGAGUCAUAACAGCCAUGUGGAAUUUAUUAUUUCUGGUCUAAUGAUA